CGAACUUUGUCAUGACACAAAAGACUCUUCGGAAAUGUAUUCCCUACGUCAGUGCAACGUCAUCAGUCACGAAGGACUUCCCCUCUACUUUCGUAACUGCCCUGCUGAUUCAGAUGACUGCUGUUCUCGCACGUGAAUCGAGUCACCUUUAAUAGCUGAUCUAAAUAGGCCCACUGAACUCACCCUUCAGUCAAGAUGUCUGCAGUGGAGUAUGAUGAGUACGAGUCCAAGUUUAUGCGUAAAGCAAAAGAAAAUCCAUUUGUUCCUGCAGGAAUGGCUGGAUUUGUCGCUAUUGUGGGUUAUGGACUCUUCCGACUGAAAAGCCGUGGCAACACCAAGAUGUCGGUGCACCUUAUUCAUAUGCGUGUAGCAGCCCAGGGCUUUGUUGUUGGAGCAAUGACGAUAGGUGUCAUCUAUUCAAUGUACAGAGACUACGUGUUGAAGCCCAUGGCUGAACAGAAAGCCCUGAACAGCAAAUGAACUGUUAUUUAUUUUUUUAUUAAUUUCACCUCAUAGGUGUGUUACUACUAUAGGUGUGAAGUACUAUAAUUAAAGGACUCAUGUAGUAUGUUUGAAGUGAUGGGAAUCCUAUCCCAUUUUAAAAAUCGCUGUGCCUCAGAUUUCUGAGGUCACCUCUUUACCAUCUGCACCUCUUUUAUUUAUAUAUAUAUAUAUAUAUAUAUAUAGGCUCUGAUGAGAAAGUGAAAAGUUGCACCUGGUAUCGACAUGGUAUUUCUCUUCAUUGGUUAUGUAUAGGAAAGGGAAGGGACACAAGCCAGGGAUUUCACUCACCCCGAGAAUUUACUACUUUACGCAAGACCAAAUAUUUUAUUUCUAAGAGCCUUGUGGUAUUUUCGUCCACAGUCUUAUUUAUUCUGUCAAGGUAAUUACCUUAUUGACUGCUCCUAUUUUAAACAGUUAGGAAUAAUGUGUCAUAAUUAAGUGAUGUUUUAUUUAUCAAAUUCUUUGCUGUGUUUUCUGAUGGCCAUCACUGAAAUUGUUGCUCUGGGCAAACAAUGUAGUCUGUUCCACUUCCUGCCUCCUGAAUUAAUUAAAGCCCCUCAAUGCAGUUUUGGCAAUUUCUUCACUGUUUUCUCUCUUUUUGCUCGCAGAUUUUUCUUUUUAUGAAUUAAGGUCUGUUGUAUAUUUUUGUGAAUACAUAGAUUUUAUAGUCUACUGUAUUUGUACAUUGACACAGUGCAAUAAAGGGUGUGUCAAGUGGUU